AUGUUCGCCGCUCGUGCAAACCAGGAAAACACCAUUUACGAGCGACAGACCGCCGCCGCCGCAAAGCCACUGAACCAAGGGAUCAAAGGCCUUGCGCCAAAGACUCCCGCCAACAAGCCGGCGAGGACGCUUUUCAAGGGGCCCUUGAACGACGAGAACGUUGCGUUCGGGGUUCCCAAGACCGCUGGGAAGGUCAAGCAAGAUGGGCUCUUCGGCGAGGGCAAAAGUGGCAAGGCUGGUCGGAAUACCCUUGUAACGCCCGCUGGGCCACGAAACAGGGCGCCUCUGGGGAACAAGACGACAAAUGCGAAAGGCAACGCACUCCAGACUCCCGCGCCACCGGUGCAGGACAAAGCUUCAGCUAGAGCCACUAGCCCUCGUGUUCGCAGAGGCAAAAUCAAGAUCCACGAUGCAGGCACGAUCGGCGUUGGGAAC